GGAAUUUGAAAUAUAGAAAGUAGUAAUAAUAACACGCACAUUAGAUUUGUGUGGAUUUGAUUUUAGAGCAGCCAAUUUCACUAAGACAUGUUUGAAAAAGCUGUCUAAGCUUAGAAAGGUUGAAACUAUAUAGGUUAUAUACAUACUUCUAUCAAAGAAACGUCAAAAUGUUUUUCAACCCCAUUGAAAUUAUCUGCACCUGUUUGAUCCAGCCCAUUAUUGACUUUCUGGUCUAUUUAAUGGACGAAGUCCACUACUUGGCCUUCCUAGCUGGCCUUGCCUUUCUUGGGAUCUUCCUGGGACUCAUCUUUGGGAUCAUAAGCGUAAUUUGGUACAAGUCGACACGCGACGUGGAUACCAAGAAGUGUUAUGCCGAAGAAAGGGUGUCUGUGUCGGUCGGUGCAAGAAAAAGCGAUUAGAAUGAUAUCG